GCUGGCUUCCGGCCCUCACGGGAGACGGGCCGCUGGAGGACUCGGGUUUGUGCGGUGGCGGGUGGUGCCCGGGCGGCCUGGGGCUUUGUCCCACGCUGGGGAAGCCAGGAAGUGGUUGAGAGCCAAGUAGGACUCAGGCUGCAGGGGGAUGAGGAACCGGAGGUCCCGUCUACACUAUAACCAAACAGUGUUUUUGUCCCAGUUUGGGAUGCGAAUCUGAACCAGUUGCAUCAAACGCGCCUUAGUUGUGUCUCUUCAGCCCCUUUUCCACCCCACGGCCGUUUUCCAUCCUCGGUACAGAGCUUGUUUCCCUGCCUUCCGGCCUCAUCCAGGCACCUACCCGAGUGGCCCAAAAAUCAACAUGCAGGGCAGCGCAUGGGGGCCAUGCACUCUGGGCGUCCUUGCAACAGCAGCGUUAACCUGGUUACACAGGCCUGGCUGCCCGCGCAGUCCCAGGGCUGUGAUGCUGAUCCAUGCCAUCCUCACACGUGCUCACAGAGUCUCUCGCCCUCAGCAGGGACCCAGCAGGGUUUUCUCAGCACUGAGUGCUUGGACACUGUCUGUCUCUUCCGCUGGUGCCCAGUUGGCGUGUGCUUGUCCGGAGCAGGGAAGAGGAGUAGGAGGAGACAGAUAUUGGCAGCACCAGAGCCUCCAGGCCCCAACUGGCCUUUCCAGGCUCUACUACUCCUUCCACUUGAACAAAGGCUGGACUGGUCCCUCUCCAAUACCCCCAUCUUGCUGGUUUCUCCAGACUCCUGUCCACCCAGCUACUCCCUCCCCAGCACACCUCUCAUGCUGCUCAUGGCCAGGCCGUGGGGGUGAUGGUUGGCCCUUUCCAGCGGUGAGAAAUGUCACGCAUGGAGCACCACUCAGCUGAGUGGUAAGAGUCUCUGGUGUGGGAUAGGCCUGGCGUGUGGUCCCCAAGAACCUUCUCCACGUCUGUUUUGAAGUGGCAGCGGAAUUAGGUCCCUUGGUAGAAGAAGUGUUCAGAUCAGCGGGUGUAGCGAGUUCGUCGGUGAUGAGCCUGAGAGUCCCAAACCAAUGCUCCGCAAUGGGAUGUCACAGCAGAGCAACCGGUGCCUUUAACGCCCCCGGCUGCCUCUGAUCAUACUUCUGAGGCAGAAAUGCAGCUGCCGCUGGAACAAACUGCCAUGUGGCCAGAGGUAACGGUGGAGACGACCAUGGAGUCGCAUGCCACGCGACUGUUGACGCUAGAGGGAAGAAUGGGGAUGGCGGAGAACAAACUAGUCGGUUGUGAGAGGACAGUGGUGGAGUUUGGGAACCAGCUGGAGAGUAAGUGGGCCGUGCUGGGAACUCUGAUCCAGGAGUACGGGCUGCUGCAGAGGAGGCUGGAGAACAUGGAGAACCUGCUGAAGAAAAAAGAUGUCUGGAUUCUAAAACUUCCCCCAGGUGUCCAGGGAGAAGUCCCCAAGGUCCCUGUGAAGUUCGAUGAGGUCUCAGGCUGUUUCUCCGGGCAGGAGUGGGGGGUUUUAGAGCAACGGCGGGAGGAGCUUCACAAGAACACAAUGAGGAACAACUAUGAGACGUUGAUCUCGCUGGACAAUGCUGCUUCCAUGCCUGAUGCUCAGUCCCCAGUAGAACCCAGGGUAGAGUCUCGAGUCCAGGAACAGCAGGAAUCUCAAAAAAGAGAAUCUCCGCUGGAUCCCAGCACAGGAUCUCCCACUUCUACUCCCACCGACAGUUCAUGGAUUAAACAAGAGGAAACACCAUGUGCUGAGAUUCAGGGGGGCUUGGUGGAGAGAGAAAUCCCUACAGAGCCCAUCAAGGCAGAUGAGUGGUGUCUCGAGGACAGUGCUGCCAUCCCGGAACUUCCCGGGGGGGUGCAGGGAAGCUCGGAGGAGGAUUUUCAGAGACCUGCUGAGAGAUGGAGCCAUGGAAGUCAGUGCAGCUCACUGACACGGCAGGGAAACCAUGCAGGAAGCAGCCUAGGCCAGCCCACUCCAUGUGGAGGAGACUUCAGCGGCCUUGCACCAGCCACUGAGCAGGAGGAAAGUCCCCCAGGAGAGGGGCCGUAUAUAUGCAAUGAAUGUGGGGAAAGCUUUGUCUGUAAGCAGUUGUUUGCAGUGCACCAGGGAGUCCACACAGCAGGAGGAGUCUGCAUUUCUCCAGCAUGUGGAGAAGGCCUCAGUCAGAAAUCCAGUCUCCUACAUCCCCAGAGAAGCCAGGUCCUGGCAGGUGCAAAACCCUACAAAUGCUCUGAGGGCGAGAUAAACUUUAGCCUCAAAUCCAGCCUUCUCAAGCACCAGGUCAGUCACACGGGCCCAUACACCUGCACUAGGUGCAGGAAGAGCUUCAGGCUGAAGAUAAGCCUCCUCGUCCACCAGCGACUCCAUGCAGGGAAGGGCGAGGGCUCACUGCUCUGUACGGACUGCGGGAAGAACUUCACCCACCCCUCGCAACUGGUCCGGCACCAGCGGAUCCACACGGGGGAGCGGCCCUACCAGUGCACCGACUGCGAGAAGAGCUUCACGGAGAAGUCCAAGCUCACCAACCACUACCGCACGCACACCGGUGAGCGGCCCUAUGCUUGCACCCAGUGCGGGAAGCGCUUCAUCCGCAAGCACCACCUGCUGAAACACCAGCGCGUGCACACAGGUGAGCGGCCCUACCAGUGCCCCGAGUGCGAGAAGAGCUUCACCCAGAAGUACUACCUGGUUGAUCACCGGCGGCUGCACACGGGCGAGCGCCCCUUCCAGUGCCCCACCUGCCAGAAGAGCUUCACUGAGAAGUCCAAGCUCACCAGCCACUUCCGCAUCCACACGGGGGAGCGGCCCUACCACUGUGGGGAGUGCGGGAAGCGCUUCACAGAGAAAUCCCAGCUCACCAACCAUUUCCGCAUCCACACCGGGGAGCGGCCCUACGCCUGCGCCCAAUGCGACAAGUGCUUCAUCCGCAAGCACCACCUGCUGAAGCACCAGCGUGUGCACACGGGCGAGAGACUCCACCGCUGCCCCCAGUGUGAGAAGAGCUUCCGCUACAAACAGUCACUGAACUGCCAUCUGAAAAUCCACCUGGGGAACCACUGCCCCAUGGGCAGCGCCUUGUCCCCUGAGCAACAAACCCCAGCUAGACCUCUUUGUGUGUGAGAGAGACGGGGCAGGAGUCCCUGGGCUGGGAGCGCUUUGCAGGUCCUGACGUCAUGUGACACACAGGGAGGCUGGGAUUUCCAAUUGGACCUAUAGGAGUGCGCAGUGUUGUCAUAGCUGUAUUGGUCCCAGGAUACGAGAGAGAAAAGGUGGGUGAGGGAAUCUCCUUUAUUUGGACCAACUUCUCUUG